AUGCCUAUGAUAUGGAAUACCCACCUACUGCAACCUGCCGAUCACCCACAACACAAUGAAACACACGCCGAGACGGGCACAAUGACACCAAGUACACAUGAAGCGGGGUAUGCUAUUUCAAGUGAUUCGUCCGAUUCGGAUGAUGGCAUGCCUCUCCUUGAGAGCGUCAGUGAACUAAAUUUAUACGAUUUCCCACACGAAGCAGAUAUCCGCAUAAUUCCUAUCGGAUCCAUGGGUAUUCUCCGACCUAUGGAGAAUCUGAACACGCGCUCCACUAUCAUUCUAUGGGAGAUGAACACUCUCAUGAACCCUGCACACGAAAAAGACUGGUUUGACUUCGCGGCAUCUCUACUCCUCGCACUCCACACGUAUAUCCCAUUCAAUGUGCCGCGGUCUCCAUUACUCAUGACUGUGACAUUCAUAUGGAGUAUUACUCCCCAAGACGAUCGCUUCACUGAUGAGCGAACACCUUAUUGUGUUUACUUUCACGUGAAAUCGUCACGUUAUUACAAUGUCGACCUCCACAUGGCUGCGCUGAGUUACGCACUCGCAACUUGCUACAUCAAAGGCGACUACGCGCUGACGCAGACAUUGCCAUCACAAUGCAUCGAUCAAAUAAUAAUGACCGGAUGCGAAUCCGAUUAUACAGCUGGAGUUGUACUCGCCAAAGCAUCGUUUGGACCCAUCUUCCGAGCAACGGUACUCAGCUGCAGUGGCGUUGAUCGCAGCAGAAGCCCGAACUACUUUAUGCUCGGAACCCAUUGCAUCACAACCCCACAUGCCGCUGAACGGCCCGAUAUGGGCAAAGUUCAACAGGCUACUGAAGAAUCUCUAGCAGCCGCAGAGUAUGCAUGUACAUCUAGUAUAGCAGGAAACAUGAUCCGUACUCCACGAUCGGUACUCCGUGAUCGGUACUCCACGAUCGGGAAUAAUUCGACCCCAUAUCAACAUGUAGACACAUUUCCGCGUUAUAAUCACGUUAUCAACGGAACAAUACUAAAAGUAACGGUAUUGAAAUCAAAUCAUGAGCUUGGUGACUAUACACUAUCAUUAAGCGGUUAA